AUGCAGGCGGUAAAGAGCGCGGGGUCUCGGCUCCUGAGGUCAUGGGCUUGGCCGCCCACGGGCAGGAUAGCGGCCCGGGUGCCGGCCGCCGCCAUCCACACGGGCGCCCAGCGGCUGCAGGACGCGGCGGCCACGCAGAAGGUGGAGGAGAAGACGGCGGCCCCGACCCCAACUCCGGCUCCGGCGGCGACCCCGGCUCCGAGCAGCAGCAGUUCCAGCAUCUACCCGCCAGUUCCCGGCCAGGAGAGCCCCCUGCGGUGGGCGGGGAAGAAGUUUGAGGAGAUUCCCAUCGCCCACAUUAAGGCCUCCUACAACAACACCCAGAUCCAGGUCCUCUCCGCCGCCAACCAGCCCCUUGCCCGCGCCUCCUGCGGCACCGAGGGGUUCAAGAACGCCAAGAAGGGCACGGGCAUCGCGGCACAGACAGCGGGCAUCGCUGCCGCGGCGAAAGCCACAGCGAAGGGCGUGACCCACAUCCGCGUGGUGGUGAAGGGCCUGGGGCCGGGGCGCUUGUCCGCCAUCCAGGGCCUGACCAUGGGGGGCCUGGAAGUGAUCUCCAUCACAGACAACACCCCCAUCCCGCACAACGGCUGCCGCCCCCGGAAGGCUCGCCGGCUCUGA